AUGGAGGGUGAAAAGGUAAUUACGAAGGGGUCAGCAAAUAAGGCAGAUGGGCAGGACAGAUCAUUCCCCUGCCUUUACUGUUCUCGAAAGUUCCACACCUCACAAGCGUUGGGCGGCCACCAAAACGCGCACAAGAAAGAGAGAACCGCCGCCCGGAGGAGCAGGUGGACUCGCCAGUACGCCGCCGCCCCGCCGCCGCCACCUCACCUGUUCUUCCCUCCGAUCGGUGUUCUAAACCCUUACCUCGCUGCCCACGGCGGGAGUUUCCGACAGUUUCAGGGGGCGGACGGCCGGAGUUUCGGGUCGAGUGCGGCGGCGCGGCUGGAAAACAUCGCGAUGAAGUUUUUUGAAGGGGAAUUCGUGGAUUGGCAGAGGAUUGGGAGAGGAGAGGAAAAUCUGCGGUCUGAUUUGAGUAAAGGCGGUGAGGAUCAGAAGCUCGACUUGUCUCUUCAUUUGUGA